AACAAGAAUCACAAUUCCCAUACUUUGAUAAUGAAUUAUUUCUAGAUGAAUCAUAUCAAGAUGAAAUAUUUUUAGAUAAAUCGAAUCAAAAUGAGUUACAUUUUGAAGAAUCAAGUCAAACUAAAUAUCUUGAUGAAUCAAAUCAAAAUAAAUCAUAUCCUGAUGAAUCCCAAGAUGAACUUUGCUCGGAUAAGCCAUCAUCGCAAGCAGAAAAGUAA